AUGGCUGAUUACUCCUCUUUAAAGGUCGCCGACCUGAAGGCGGAGCUCAAGAAGCGCGGCAUCCCCCAGACCGGCCUUCGCCUCAAACAGCACUUCAUUGACAAGCUAGUUGAGGAGGACGCUAAAGCCCAAACAAGGGAUACAGCCCCCGAGGUUGGAGCUGCAGAGACCAAAGCUGCAGAUACCGAAGCUGUAGAGCCGAAAGUACAGCCGAAACCCACAUCAGAUACCUCUCCCCAAGCGCAAGAGCUGCAGCCGGAACAGCCACCACCUGAAGAACCCAAGCAUCCAGAAGCACCUACGACACAAGACACCCAUCCCUCACGAGCUGCCCUGACAUCCGACAAGGCGCAUGAGGAAGUGCAAGAAAAAACCAAAUUUGCACCAGAGUUAGCAACUGACAAUGGAGAACCUGCAGAAAAUGAGAAAUUGGUGGCAGCUGCUCGGUCUCAGCCAUCCGAGGAAGUGAACAAGGCAGCGGCCGAAUCUGAAUCAGUCGAGCAGGCUCCCGGGAUCGCCGAUCAAACCGACAGAGCAGAUUUCGCAAUCUCCGCAGAACUCCCGGCGCCUCUGGUCUCGGAGGCAAUCACAGAGCUAUCCACACCACUCCCUCUCGAAGAGGACCUAGAGGAUAAACGAAAGCGGAAGCGCCGCAGUCAGAGUCCCGUCCCAACACCAGAGGCGGUUGCGAAUAAGAAAGCUCGAGCCAGGGAGGAAAGCUCCCUAGCUCCAUCGCAGGAGGACCAAGAGUCCAUCCCUCGAGAGGAAGAGACCAAGGAUGCGCAAGGACAAAAAUCUCCCGAGGACCAGAAAAAAGAACCUUCGGUUCCAGCCAAGGAUGCGCGUUUCCGGGGGCUAUUUGCUCCCACCGCAGCACAAUCUUCGGCGUUGGACGUCAUCAUGGAAGAUGCCGAUGUUGAGCCUGCGCGGCAUCCUGCAACCGCCUCCCUCUAUAUUGACGGAUUGAUGCGCCCUCUACAGCCCCCAGCAUUGCGCAAGCACCUCAUUAGUGUCGCUUCCGCUCCUGGCUCAUCUCCCAACCCUGAUGUCGUCCGAGAGUUCUUCCUCGACUCCAUCAAAACACACUGUUUUGUCCAGUUCAGCGAUAUCACAGCAGCAUCGCGGGUGCGCUCGACUCUCCACGGAAAGGUGUGGCCGGACGAGCGAAACCGCAAGAAUCUCUGGGUAGACUUCAUCCCCGACGAAAAGGUCCAGGAAUGGAUUCGCACAGAGGAGGCAUCGCGGGACCGGGCCGGUCCACCAGUUCGCUGGGAAGUUCAAUACGAAACGACCGACAACGGGGCGAUAACUACUUUGGCCGAAGCUGGGCUCAACUCGCGCGCCGCUCCAUCACGAACUCGGGAGCCCGGCUUCAACCGGACACCGCCACUUGGGCCUCGCGGCAGCCACGGGCAGAUCGAGCGCGCUUCCAAUGCCCCACCCCCGUCACGACCUGGACAGGGCUUCAAGCCUUUGGAUGAACUAUUCAAAUCCACCACUGCCAAACCCAAACUGUACUACCUCCCUGUUGCCCGCCCUAUCGCGGACAAGCGCUUGGACCAAUUUGACGAACUACUACGUAAGGGAUCAUUCCCGCGCCGGGGCGGCGACGAGAUGCGUCGGAUCACCUUUGAAGACGAAGACUACUUCGUGGAUGUCGGCCCAGAGUAUGGAGCGAUGGCUAUGCAGCGACGCCAGGAACGAGGGGGGCGUGGGCGUGGGCGAGGGCGACGGCCAUAA